AACUUAACUUGAUGUCUUCGAAAGAAAAACUGGUCCUCUUUGAUGUCAGAACCAAGCUCAUGUGCAAUCAAUACAAACUGAUAAAGUUUGCAAUUUUACAAAUUAUUGCGCAUUUUGAAAACAUUUUUUGCAAUAUGCAGUUCGACUGACAUAAGAAAACAGAUGGCAAAGUACUCCAGACCGCUCCGAAAAAUUGGACCAUAUUGGAGAUCACAAUUACAGGGGGUAUUUUGUAUUUACAAGCCCCCAGAGUUAUCCUACGCUGAACUCUGUAAAUCAUUACAGAAGAUUUUACUGGACGACUUAAACCAGUUGCCAUGUUAUCCAGGAGAACAAUAUCAUAAAAAUGCGUACUUGUCACGCGUUGCUCUUGCAAAUCUGCCAUCAUCAAGUGCGUCUUCUGUGAAGAAAAUACCAAUACAGCCACUGAUGUUGUCAGAUGAUAGUCCCAGUUCAGAAAGCUGUGAGUCGUGUUUAUCAGUGUCUGAUUCAGUGACCAGUGGAGAGUCCAAAUCGAGAAAUGAUACAAGCAUUGUAACAAAAAAUCUUGUGGAGGAGGAUAAAUCUGUGUUGGAAAAUCACGAUCUACUUGGGUUUGAUUCAAGCAGUAAUGAAGUAGUUACAGAUGGUGAGCUGAGUGGAAAAAGGUAUCUCUUCUCAAGUAAAGUAAAGGAUUUAAUCCUCCCACCCCUUACAGACAGAAAUGCUCUACAACACAGAUUUGUGUGUGGGGACAUGUUUGAACAGACUGAUGUACGAGUGAUUCCUGUGUAUGAUGGGUUAAACUAUGAAUCGACCGGAGUGGUUCCUGUCUGUGUAGCCUAUCGCAAUAAGUACUCGUAUUCCCUGAGGAACAGUCUGGAAAAGGAACUGUUUGUGAGGGUCUACCAUUUGUCUGGAACCUUAGGGUGGACUACACUGGACAAUUCCCCACGGGCCAAGAAAAUCCGGCGCCAUUCAUACGAACACGUAGGCAGAGCUGAUAUCGAUAAGAUGUGUGGCCUGGCUCAGAACAUGCAUCAGUGGAGGAUGUUGAAUUAUGCCGGGGUUCUCCCCGGCUCACAAGAGGCUUACGACUUACUAAAACAGGGACUCGUAAAACCAAUUAAUUCACUUACACCGCCAUUGUUCUAUGGUGUCAAGUGUAUCAAAUUUGAACCUCCACAUUUUACACUAGAAGUACAUUGUGUCAAUGAAACGUACACUUUUCUGAGGGAUUUUGUCUACAAAAUUGGAGUGGCUGUGAGGUCCUCUGCCUUCUGUACUAAAGUGAGGCGGAUUCGAUAUGGACCUAUUGGUUUGGAGCAUGCCCUGGUUGUGGAGGAUUGGGACGUUAAGAAAAUCGGGGCCAGUAUCAAAGAGUGCAAUAAACUGCUCCUCAGAAAAAAGAAGAAACAUUCCAUGGAAGAAAGUAACGAAUUACAGACUGCUAUUGACUAACUCAACAAUCACAGAAAGGAUUAGAAAAAAAAUGUUUCUUCAGGAAUAUUUUUAUUUCUUUUAAGUGUUCUAUUUUGACAGUAAAAAAAAUGGGAAAAUAGAUUUCAUACUCUUUCUUAUAAUACUGUGUAGGUGAACUUUAAAGCAAAUCUCAUUAGCAUGCCACAGUCAUAAUGAAUUGUAUGCAAGUGUGUUAAUUUAUGAUCAAUACCUCUAUAGUAUUAAAUACAGAUCAAUGGCAACACUGAUAGCUCGCUUAUUUACGACUGUGCUAGAAUUUAAAUACACUAUCACUGAAUGUGCACUAUCAGUGUUUUACAACAGUUGAUUAAUGUUGUGAUGUAAUGGGAGUUUAAGGACAUAACAUAUUAAUAAGCAGUUUCAAAGAAUUUGUUUCCAUCUAUUUCUAGAAAAUAACAUCGCUUAUACCAAAGUGAAUGACAGACAUACAGAAUACUCCAACUUUUCACCCCUUUCAACUAAGGCCAAAAAAAAAAUGUUGGUUUCCACUUUCCCUACCUACCCUAAAAAUUUCUGCCGACCCUAACACAUUUUUUUCCAUUCUCGCAUAUUUUGCUUUUUGAGAGUUUUUGUUUACAGUAAAGCGAAGAACUGUAUUGAUUCAUCAUAAAUUUGAUUUGAUUACUAAAUAAUCACUAUUAUUUUAUGCAUAGUAGAAUAGUAAAUCAUUAGAAAAUUAUUCAACAUAUAAAAUCCACACACACAAAAAAAAAGAAAAAAAUACCUGCCUACCGACCCUUAAAAAUUUUGAGAUGAAAGUGGAAACCAACAUAUAUAUAUAUUUUUUUUUUGCCUAAUGUUGAAACAUUAAAAUUCUAAAGAAAAAUAAUACAGUCGAUAUUUAAUCUUCAAUUGUCUAUCUCAAGAAUUGUUUUCAUGCUGAUCUACAUCGGAAAAUCCAAGCAGUUUUAUUCCAAAAUCGUCAUCCAACUCAUCGUCUUCAGAGCUAUCGCAGGAGUCAUCAGACCCGAGAUGGAAAUGAACAGAAUGACGGGACUGCAUGCGAUAUUGUGGACCAUAGUCUGGACACUUGGAUGUAGAUGACAGCUUUGUGCUUUUGGAUAUCGCCGAUGUUAGGGGUUCGUGAUCUGAGACCUGACUGUUUCGUGAUUGAAAUGGCAUGACAAAAGUCUCUGUAUCUUUGUGUGCUGAGGAAGGGGAAUAUUUCUCACUGGUAUUUCUCUUUAUGCAUUGAAAUUGCAGAGUUUUUUUCAGUUUUUGAAAAUUUGUAGAUAUGUUACAUCUUGGAGGAUCUGAAAAAUGAAAUUGAAGCACAGGUUUUUUUUUUUAUUAUUUUUUUUUUUAAAUAUUACAGUACUUUGAUUAAUGCAAGCAAUAAUAUUAAUACUAGCUUGCCAAUCAAAAAUUGGACCAAGACCAACAAGAGACACAUUUAGCAAAGUUUCCUUUUGUAGCCUUUAGGUUUUGACCUUGAAAAUACUUAUUUUCCACAAUAUUCAUGCCAAUUAUGAAAAAUUCAAGAGUUCCUUUACCCCUUUUAAAAGCAUAUCUUCGUUCUAGCCUUAUCAAAUUUAAACGUAAAAUUAUAGUCCUGACAUUGACCUCUGACCCACAAGCAAAUAUGUACAUGUCGGUGGGAACAAAAUCCUCUCCUUAAUCAAUCUGUGAAUAUUCUUAUGAUGCAUAUUUACAAUUUUAUGUCAUUUAUGAAUCUAUUCUAAAUUUGUUUUUUAAUUUUAAUGAAAUAUGUACGUAUUGUUGCAGGCUUACUUACCUAUUGAUAAUACGCAUUCUGUUAUUUUCGCCUGGGGGACGUUCUCAUCAAUGUACAUGUCGCGCAACUCGUAUAUCACGUUCUGUGAAAACAAUGGUUUAAUUAAUAUAGUGAUUUGUGUUAGAUUUUCACAAUGGCUGAAACAUUUUCUUUGAUCCAGGAAGCAACUUAUGUCCUGUGGGAUUUAAUGACAUAAAUUACGCUUUGGUUAUUAUUUACAAGUGUAUCCAUCUCAUCUAUUAUAAUUUUAAACUGUACAUGUACCUUGUAAUAAAUAUUUUUCUCAAUUGCAAUU